CUACCGCGCAGUCGCUUACUUUAGGGUUCAGUGCGGCUAUUCUGGGAGUAAUCACCACGAUGGUUACUUCCAACAAAGAUCAAUUCCGUGGAAUUGAUCUUUUACAGGAACUCAUAGACAUUGAGAACGCAAACAAGAACCAGACGCUUGCUAAUUCGAAAUACGAAGAGAUGCUCGAGGUUUUCAGCGUGGUGCUCGCAUUGGGAGCACUUUUUUUCGCCGUGCUCUUUGUUCUUGUUGGCGUGCUAUUUUGGCGCCUUAGAACACAGAAAUGGCUGCUGAGCGAGUUUCAGACAGAAAUCGUAGACCUAAAGGCUUCUCUGAACCAAUUCGUCGCCAAGGAAGAUGAGCUCUUCUACAACAUUUCUGUUCGGUUGCAACAGGAAAGCGAUACCCUGAACGCUAACCUCAACACGGCGGUGAAGAACGGCAUGUUACAGAUCGAGGAGAUAGUGGCAAAGUUCCAGACAAAGGCCAAGACGUAUCGCCAAAGCAUCAAGAACGAGCUGCAGAGGUUUGACACCGUUAAGGAGGUUUCUGAGAAGACGGAGCAGAACCUCCACAAGUUUGAGUCCUCUCUUUCAACCUACACUACUAAGAUGCAGCAGCUUGAGCACCAGUCUGCGAAUCUCAAGAAAACAGUUGACCAGUACGUUUCUCAGGUGGAUAUCAAAGCAGAACUGAUGGAUAAGGAGCAUGAGCUGGCUAAGAUCCAGAUGUGCAAAUGCAACCUGAUGCUCACGAACUCGCAAAUUUUACUCGAGAAAGUUCUAGGGAACAUGGACGGGAGCGCUGAUUUGAGCCUUAGCGACGUCCUAAAAGAUCUGGACCACAAUUUGACGCUGGACUCGGACGCUUAUUUUAAGGCGUAUUGCGAGUCCACCGAUCUGACGCUCGUGGAUAUCAGCAAGAAGCUCGAGACAGUACAAUCGACGUUGGGAUUGCACGACGAAAGCAUCCAAAAGACCCGCAGCGGCAUCGAGGACGCCAAGCGGGACAUGCGCGAAGAACUGAGACAGUUUACAAGCAGAAACGAGCAGUGGGUGUACAACUGGAUUUCUGUUCUGUACGGCCUGUUCACGUCAGACAUUGCCCAGCUGCAGAUCCAGCUGCUCGGGUUGGACGACCUAGACUCGUUGCGCAAGCUGGAGGAAACAGGAGCGUACCUGAAGGACGAGUGCGUGUUCAUCGAGAACUUUAUUUUUGAAUGCAAGAAACAAUGUUUCAGUCUGCUUCGCGAGCUCAGUCUGCUGCUUUUCGAGUUCUAUCUGCUCAAGACCGACUAUCUCAGCCAGGACCAAAUCCUCCAGGAAUGCGACACACGCAUCGAGACCACUGUGGCAAGACUGUUUGAAUUAUUCCAAACCAGCUUGCAGAACUCGUCAAUGAACCACAAAGACUCGCAAAACCUAUCCACCAUAAUUAGCAAGUUCCAGGACAGACUGGUAUCAGACCUAAAGCUCACUUGUUCCAACUUCAACGUCAUUUUCAAACAGAACGUCGAGGACUUCUUCAUCAUCUUCAAAACGCUCAAGGAGAUGGAUGAGCGUCUUCCGAGCGACGAGGACUCCGUAAUAGUGAACAACCGCCACUCAUUUUCCGACGACGACGCAAACACCACCAGCAGCUCUGACUCUUGGGGCUUGGACGACGCUUCCGCUUACAAGCCGCUGCGCUUGGUCGAGAAGAGGACAGUUUCGUGAUGCCGUCGCGUCGAUCGCCGCCGGUAAAUAUUUUUUCUAUUCAAUGACAUUUAUUUUCG